AUGGCCGCUGAAAAGGCCAACGCUCUUAACCUGCGUUCCAGAAAAGUCAACCGCGCGCACACAUCCCAUCGUUCCCAUAUAGCUCGUUCUCGCCGCCAUCAUCUUACGCCCACAAGGCCACAAACUCACGGGGAGGGUGACAGCCGUAGCCCACCCAAUCUGGUGGAGGAUCAGGAUCAACCUUCUCUUGAUGACAUGAGGGAAUCAGACAUGCACCGUUCUGUUAACGAUAAGGAUGAGGCAGAUCCCGUGUGCAGUUCAGCCCAGGGCCAAAGUUUGAGCACCCACGAUGUGGCUCCCUGCUCUGAUGGCAAUGCGGAAGUUACUCUUGCCGACAGUGUAGCUUUGGCGAUGGAAAACACAUACGAUGACAAAUGGAACUACCACGGCCCCGUUGAACGUCGAUACUGCGACAUCCAUGAUGAAAAUGAGUAUCUAUGUUGCUUCGACCCUACUUGGGUAUCACCGUGGAACUUCGAUGAUCCAGAAGUGGCGAGCUCAAAACUGGAGGAGCUGUACAACAUCAAUCAGCAGAAUCCGCAGAAACCAUGGUCCUUGAGAGUUGGGUGCGAUGUUCCUGAACUGCUGGACCAUAUUUCCUGUGUGACAGCGAGGGGAACAAGAGGAGGUAUGAGCGUUUACUUUGCACACUGGAAAGACCAAUGGUUCCGGGAGAAGAAUGUUGGAAAAAGAGAACGGCUGACGGCCGUCUCAGCAGUAGAAAGGCAGAAUGCUUUUGCAUGCCAUGAUUCUCGUUCGACAUCGCUGAGGUCAAAAAAGGUUUCGUGA